AAGUCGUCAGACGGAAAAGCGAGGAAUUCGAUCGUGGAUAACAGGAAUGGAGGAAUAGACGAUGACAGAGGAAUGACUGAAACGGAUCCAUCGAUGAAGAUUCCUGAGGAGAAUACGCCCGAGAAGAAGAAAUCGUGA